CGUGUAUGCAAACAUUACAGAGCUAAAAAAGCAUCCUCCACUCUCUUUAUCCACUGCAGCCCAUUCUGCAUGCGGAGCAGAUCGGGUGUGGAAAUUGUAUCCUUCGCUCAAUCCAAGGAAUAUAUUUUGAAUAUACGUGAUACAGCAGCCGGAGGGAGUUCACUAUCUGGACUGGAACAAUGUUUCUCUUGCAGUAUACAGGACUGAACCCGUUGUCCUUUGACCUGUCCUCCAACAACGAACCCCUGCAGUUCAGCAACUCAAACGUGCCGCUGGUGUCAGACUGUCCCCUGGAGAACGGAGCUGAGAAGAGCAUUAAGAGGAAGAGACCCAGCCUGCUUCCAGAAGGGAUUCGUAACAUAUCCAUGGACAUGUCCAACCCCAUGUCAGACCCCAACGCCUGGGCCACCGCCAUGAACAACCUUGGCAUGGCUCCCAUGAGCAUGACAGGACAGCCCCUUCUGUCAGAUUUUGACCAAGGCCUUGGCAUGAUGACAGGCAUCGGUCCCAUGAACCCCAUGAUGCCCGGCCUCGGCAUGGUGCCCCCACCCCCCCUCCCUCUUGAUCUGCCCAUCGUCAAGGAAAUCAUUCACUGCAAGAGCUGCACCCUCUUCCCCCCCAACCCCAACCUUCCCUUUCCGGCCAUGAGGGAGCGCCCUCCCGGCUGUAAGACUGUGUUUGUGGGUGGUCUGCCAGAGAACGCUAACGAGGCCCUCAUCGUGGAGGUGUUCGGCCAGUUGGGGGAGAUCAUUGCAAUCCGAAAGAGCAAGAAGAACUUCUGCCAUAUCCGAUUUGUCGAAGAGUUCACUGUGGACAGAGCCCUCUUCCUGUCUGGCUACUGUAUGCGUCUGGGCUCCAGUACAGACAAGAAGGACACAGGGCGGCUCCAUGUGGACUUUGCCCAGGCCAGAGACGACUUGUAUGAGUGGGAGUGUCGUCAGCGCCUGUAUGCCAGAGAGGAGAGACACCGCAGGAGGAUGGAGGAGGACCGUUUCAGACCCCCCUCCCCUCCACCCAUCGUCCAUUAUUCAGACCACGAGUGUAGCCAGCUGGGCGACAAGAUCAAAGAUGAGGCAGCGUUUGGGGCGGCGGUGCACGUGCUGCUGACCUGGGUGGAACGCGGUGAGGUGAACCGUCGUAACGCCAACAACUUCUACUCAAUGAUCCAGUCGUCCAACAGCCACAUCCGCCAGCUGAUGAGUCAGAAGGCCGCCCACGAGAAGGAGUUGGAGGUGGCCAAGGACAAGUUCAAGACCGCCCUGUCUGGCAUCCUGGCACAAUUUGAGCAGAUUGUGUCUGUAUUCCACGCUGCUUCCAAACAAAAGGCAUGGGACCAUUUCUCCAAAGCUCAACGCAAGAACCUGGACAUGUGGCGCAAGCAAGCAGAGGAGAUCAGAAACAUGCAAAAUGAAGAGCUGAUGGGGAUCAGACGAGAAGAGGAGAUGGAGAUGUCUGACGAUGACAUGGAGGAUACACACGAUCCUGACGACUCAGGCCCUGUGGCCCAGGUGGAGGCCCUAAAGGAAGAGAAUGACUCUCUGCGCUGUCAGCUGGACGCCUACAGGAACGAGGUGGAGCUGCUGAAGCAGGAGCAGGGCAAAAACCAAGAACACACACCUCCACAACACAGUGAAGAGGACACCAUCAGGCAGCAACAACUAACCUUUCUACAACAGGCACUACAGGGAAUGCAGAAGCAACUGCUGAAGAUGCGUGAAGAAAAGAAACAGAGGGAGGCAGAGUUGGAGAAGAGUGUGGAGGACAAACAGCAGCUGGAGAGCCAGGUACAGAGCCUCAAGGAAGGACUGGAGAAUCUGAAUAAAACACGCACACACCAGCUGGAGACAUCACCGCGAGAUGACAGAGGGAGCGAGGAGAGUGCUGAUCAAGUCAGUGAGGCGACAGCAUUAGAAGUGGUUUCCUGCAGUCAGGAGAAGGAGAGUCUGCCCCCAGAGAAGAUUCCUUCUAGUCCGGUUUACUCAGAGAGAGAGGCCUUGCUAGUUGGGAUCAUCUCUACGUUCCUCCAUGUCCACCCGUUUGGAGCCAGCAUCGAAUACAUCUUCUCUUACCUACAGCAGCUGGACACCAAGAUAAACACCGGACAGGUGGGGGCUCUACUGGGUCGGCUGCCCUGUACCUUCAGACAGGAGCUGACAGGGGUGGGUGCCAGCCUGGAGAAACGCUGGAAGUUCUGUGGUUUCGAGGGAAUCAAGACCACAUAGAGCAUUACAGAGACACAGCGGAUAUCACAGAGACACAGAAGAAACAGCAUUAGGCUGCAUUAUGAGGACACUGAGGAAACAACCUCUGUGUACGUGACAGAGAGGGUGACUCGUCUCCAGGGUGACACCUCCAACACCACACUGCUCUGCUCUGUGCCCGACUCUGCAACGCCUCAUGAGAUAGAACACUGGGAUUCCCAGAGGAGUAUCAGUCCGAAGGUGCCAGGGGAUUGGCUGUUAGUCCAUCACAUUGGUGGACUGAUCCGUUCUCAGAGCCUCUAACUGGUUAACUCUGCUGUCAAUCAACCAAGACUACUACCCAGGGCCACGUUCAGUUGCCAAACGUUGUUGAAAGUUGCAAAUGGAAAUGCCAUGAAUAGCCAACAUGAUUCCUCAGUCAACGAGUUCGGAAAGGCAUGUUUGUUCUAUGUUGUACAUUUCUAUUGGAAAGUUCCUAAAUGUUGUGGUCUGCUGAACGUGCCCCAGGGAGGAUAUCAGGGUCUGCUGAACACUUUCCACCUCCUUCUGCCUUUCUCUUUUCUCUCUUUUGUUCCUUGUUUGGGCAAUUCUAUAAAUAGAUUGUAUAUAUUACCAUACUUUUUGUAUGGGCAUUGUCAUACCAGAUGAUUUCAGGAGCUAUCAGGUGGUUGUUGUUUGUUUUCCAUGUGAACCAACUGAAAAUUCUCAACCAAUGUGUAUUCAGUUUUAAUUUAGUAUUCAGCGCUCUUUGUUUGAACUCAAAGGAUAAUCAAGGACCAACAAUUAGCAUUUCUUAUGCCCAAGUCUAGGUAGUCGCUCCCCGCUACAAUCUGCAUUUUUCUGUUUGGUAACUAAUGAACACAACCCUGGUAAACAUAAUGGACUUCCAGCAGUUGGCAGGAGUAAUAGCGUUUUUAUGAGUAUACUUUCAUGUGGUAGGGGUGUUAGGUAGUCUAGGUUAGACGGUUGGGCCUGUAACCAAAAGGUCUCUAGUCGAAUCCCGAGCUGACAAGGUGAAAAAUCUGUUGAUGUGCUCUUGAGCAAGGCACUUAACCCUAAUUGCACCAGGUUUGCUGUUGAUAAUGGCAGACCCUAGCUAUGAUCCCACUCUCUGAGGGUGGAUGCAAAAACCACAUUUCCAAUUCGCACGUGUAUUAAUACACACUUGUACAUGUGUGAAAUAUAACAAAUAUAAGCACCCACCAAAUUAUUAUUACGCAGUGCCUUCCUGUUGUGGCUAGUUCAUUUGAGGAUUGUUGGGAUUGUUUGUUUGUAUGUUUUUAUUUUCUUAUUUUACUUGAUAUCAACCAUACUUGAUGUCUUACUGUGUAAAAAAAAAAGUGUUAUCAUCAUAUACAGCAUAGUAGUACAGUGCCCCUGGAGAAAGUUAGGGUUAAGUGCAUUGCUCAAUGGCACAUUGACAGAUGUUUUCACCUUGUCAGCUCGGGUAUUCAAACCACAGAACUUGCUGUUACUGGCCCAACGCUCCUGCCAUUACUUGACCAGCCAAUCAUUUGAUGUACAUUUUUGUGUCGUUAUUUGAAGAUGUUUGGUGAAGUGCGUUUUGAUAAAAAUGUUAGUUUGAUGACACGAUGAUGUGAUUUGUUUUGUCAGAGGGUAAACAUGAUUUACAUGCAUCUCAAACAGCUUAGAGAAUAACAUUAGGGGGUUAUGCGGUGUGUAAAAGUGAACAACCAUAUCCUGAAAUGCAACAGCGAUAGAUUAAGGCUACGACAUGAAACUUAAAUUUGACCUAUACCCAUCAUGAGGUUGCUACAACGUAUGAAUGAAAGUUUACAACGUAGGUAGAUAGACAGUGACAUUCAAUAUCGCCUU